GAUCGCACAUAUUCCAUGAAGCGCGACCAAGGUGUAAAUAAGAUCUAGUACAACUCAUAUUGGGAAUACUUGAGGUGCUCAAUACGUGAAUGUUAAUGUGCGAUAAUAACUUGAACAUUGUAUAUUACGGAUUUAAGAGAUCGUGGCCUUGAUUUAGACCUAUAUUGGUGUUUAACAUAAACUCCAUAUGAAACGAUGGGUGUGAAGCGUUUUUUCUCCCAUCUAUGGGCAUUGAAGUCCAUAUGGAUCACUGUGAUUGCGUUCGGAUGGCCGUUGUUCUUCGCAAUCGACUACCCGCCAGAAUGUGAAAAGCAAUCCAAGUGCGCAUACGUGAUCAUCGUGAUGGCGGUGCUGUGGCUGACGGAAGCCAUACCGAUACCAGUCACGGCUCUUCUGCCCAUCUUCAUGUUCCCAAUGACCGGCGUCCUCUCCGCGUCAAUCACCAGUGCGUCUUACGUUACGGACACAACCAUGUUGUUUUUGGGCGGCCUCAUAAUCGCUGUGGCCUUGGAAGAGACAGGUCUCCACACUCGAAUUUCGCUAUGUGUCAUGAUGCUGGUGGGCGCGCAACCGAUCAUGUUGAUGUUAGGUUUGAUGACGACCACAGCGUUCUUGUCCAUGUGGAUCAGCAACACGGCUGCGGCGUCUAUGAUGAUCCCGAUCAUAAUGGCUGUGAGCAAAACUGUGAAGGACGUUCGAAUAAAAUCAGCACGGGCUGCGGCCUCUUCCAAUGGCCAAGCAAAUGAGGCUUUUCAGAUGGCAGGUACAGACAGUGACAAGGACGUUGUAAAGGACACAAGUCAUCAAAACCACACAGUUUCUACAGAAGAGCCGUCCAGUGAGGAGACUUCGGGUGACGAAUGCUUAUCGAAAGUCGAGAAGGUCGAGCUUGAUCGGCUGUCCAAGGGCCUGGCCCUGAGCGUGGCGUACGGAGCAAACAUCGGAGGCAUCGCCACGCUGACCGGAACUCCACCAAACCUUGUCCUCAAACAAAUCGCAGAUUCGUUCUACAACGAGUAUGGUCAAGGGGAGUCCCCGCUUUCAUUUGCAAAGUGGAUGGGGUUCGCUUUUCCGAUGGCCUUGAUAUGCCUCGUUUUGGCAUGGCUUUGGCUUUCGCUGGUGUUCCUUCGGCUCAGCUGCUUUCGAAAGAUGGACCCGGAAGCUAAAGUUGCAAUAAGUGGUGUAAUUCGAGAUCAGUUAAAAAAACUAGGUUGGAUAAGUUUGGCGGAGCUACAGAUGUUGAUAAUCUUCAUUCUUCUGGUAGUCCUGUGGUUGUUUCGAGAACCCCCGAACAUAAAAGGCUGGGGAAUCAUAUUUCCUACUGAUAAAAAAGGCAAAAGCUACUUGUCCGAUUCGACGCCAUGUAUUCUCCUGAGCGUUCUACUUUUCUUACUACCCAGUGAACGUCCAAAUGUAUUUGGUUGGUUCAAAGGAGGUACACCAGGCUAUAAGCCGUUAUUGAAAUGGUCGGUCGCUGUAGAGAAACUGCCGUGGGGUGUGAUUGUGCUCCUCGGAGGUGGCUUCGCUAUGGCUAACGCUAGCCAGGUUUCAGGUCUGUCCGAAUGGCUUGGACACAAACUGAAAUCUCUCGGGGGUCAGGAAACUUGGGUGAUGAAUCUAAUUAUUUCCCUGAUCGUCGCCACUGCAACGGAGGUCUCGAGCAACACGGCCACUGCACAGCUAUUGCUUCCCAUCCUGCUAAAUCUGUCAUUGACAAUCGGCGAAAAUCCCCUCUACCUGAUGAUAUCCUGUGCUGUGGCGUGCUCGUAUGCGUUCAUGUUGCCAGUAGCUACCCCUCCAAAUGCAAUCGUGUUCUCUACGGGGUUUCUAUCUAUUCCAGACAUGGCUUUGGUAGGGAUCCCGAUGAAUAUUAUUGGGAUUGCAUGUUUGACAUUGGCAAUCAAUACGUGGGGAAAGGAGAUGUUUGACCUGGGAGAGCUGCAACCUUUUCUACGUAAUGUGACAGCAAAAAACGACAGCUUGGUUGGACUUUGCAUCUGAUCAACAUUUAACAAAAACACGAAUGCAGAGGACGUGGGUGCUGCGUCCCUUCUUAUUAUAUCACCGAGGUUUAAUUGUCCUAAAUUGGAGAGAUGUCUCAACAGUAGAUUCGUACUUGAUACUUACAUAUCACAGAGCUUGAAUCAACGCAAACUUGACAAUGGAAUACUUAUUAAACUGAUGUGUUUGUUAGGCCACUCCAAAAUGAUCUGUUGGUCGUCGGAUUUGCCACACCUAUUUGUUCAAAAUGGAAAAAAAAUUAUUUGACCGCUCGCACUCAUUUUUUGUGUCCUUCAGUAACCAUAGCGCAUGUUUUUUAAAUUUGUGAAAAAAAAAAGAACGCGAUCUAGCAGAAACGAUUUUGACGCUGAAUGCGAAUGCCAAAUAUAGUGUUUCGUAACCUAUUUAAUCGAUAACUGCAGACAUUAAAAAAUUCGAUCGAGACGACAAGCAAAAAUGGCUUCCUGAGCGAGCAGUACAUGUUUCGCUGUCGUGACCGUUUUAACAAAUUGCGGUGAAAAGUUGCUGCAGCCAACCCUUAAAAUAUAAACACAUCUUGUACUUAUUUGAGAGUUUAGUUACGUUCGAACAGACAGACAGACAGAAUAUGUAGGCAAAUAUUUCCUUAACACAAUUUUAAGUGAACAAAAAUAAACAUAAAAUCAUUUAAUGUUGGCUCUAAAAAUUUCACAGGGACAAUGUUUUAUAAUUUUUAAAAAACAUGGUUGACGGAACAUGUUUAACAGCUAGUUAUUUCUAAUUGUAUAAAUUUAUUUCAGAAAAAUUACAGUACCGUACUAGCCAUCGAUAUGCCCCUUUUCAAAUAAGGUAGAGACAUUGGAUUAUAUGCAUGGCCUUUGUCCGACUGUCUGUCAUUAUCAUUUUGAUGAUUGUCCCUCUUCAAGUGCUAUUGCAACAUGGUAUACCUUUUCACAGCUUGCAACAUGGUAUACCUUUUCACAGCUUUCACUGUUUAAAACAGCAGUAGGUAGACAUUGGUCCCUCACUUCAAUGAUAUGGUUACAUGUAUAUUUCGUGGUCAAAGGUCAUAUGCAACUUACUCCUAUAAAUAUGAGGUCGAUAUAUAUUUUUUGUAUAAGAAUUGAUUUAAAUGUAAAAUAUAGCUGUUUAAACCUGUAUCUCUUGAUAAUGCAAUAUUUUUCUAUCGAAAUGUGAUUUUUUUAUUCUUCGCUCUUCGCUCGCUCGAGAAUUUUCCUGUUUUAAAAAAAAAUCGCUCGCCUCUUCAACUUUUUUACAAAAGAAUCCGUAGACCAACACAUAAAUUUGGAGUGGCCUUAUGUGUUAUUUUAAAUAUGCUUCAGUUCGUGCUUUUUAUUACGGGACCCAUACGCAUGAUUACGAAUAUGAGAGAUGUACUAACGUUAUUUAAAAUGCACAUACUUGUAUUUAUAAAUAUUUGUUGUUUCUUUAUAUAAUGUACAUUACCAUAAACAUAAAUUGGACUUUUUAUAAUCGUUUAAGUUUUCCUAAGAUAUGUUUAAUCAGAUAUUGUGUUGAAAGUAGCAUUAUAAUAGAAUGUGCUGUUCAUAAGUGUAAUAAAAUGAACGCAAAACAAA